GAAGCUGCAGCUCUGUCGACCUCCAGGAGUUUUUCUUUCCUCCGCCCUCUGAGGGAAACUGUGGAUUAUCACCGUGUUGACGCUGCAGAGAAAACACACGUGGAGCUUCACGAAGAGACUGAGUCCAACAUGUGAGUUCACAUGUUUCCAUGUUCCCGAGGGAACAAACCCGGAGAGGACGCGUCCGGCUGCGCUUUUACGCACCAGCUUCCAGACGCACCGACUUGGAGACAUUUCAGUUCGUGGACUUUUAUUUCCCUUUCUUGCAGAUUGAAAAGUUUCCUGGACACUUUUGAGUCUCGUUGUCUUUUUGUUUUUGAGUCUCACGAUGCGACUUCUUCCUGCGGCGAGGAGAGAAACUGCCCCCGGGUUGUUAAAGUGACUGCAUCGUGAACUUUCUCCACAAUGAGAGCUGCAGCUCUGGUGAAUGACUGACAGCUCGGUGGUGGAGCUGCAGGACGCGGAACUUCAAUCCAACUUCACUCUUCUCACUUUGACUCUGAAUUAAUUCAGAUUAAUAGCUUAUUGGAACUGUUCUCCCUCGCGGCUCUCAUGGGGAGGUGCGCGCCACGCAGCCCGGUGUUCCCGCGGCCCCUCGUGUUCUCUCUCCUGCUGCUCCUCCGCGGUGCGGGUCUCACCUCCGCAGCCUCCAAGGACCUGGUGUGUGAGCCCAUCACGGUGCCCAUGUGCAAGGGCAUCGUCUAUAACCUGACCUACAUGCCCAACCAGUUCAACCACGACACCCAGGAGGAGGUGGGCCUGGAGGUGCACCAGUUCUGGCCCCUGGUGCGCAUCCACUGCUCCCCGGACCUGCUCUUCUUCCUGUGCAGCAUGUACACCCCCAUCUGUCUGCCGGACUACCGCAAGCCGCUGCCGCCCUGCCGCUCCGUGUGCGAGCGGGCCAAGCGCGGCUGCUCCCCGCUCAUGAGCCAGUACGGCUUCGAGUGGCCCGAGAGGAUGAGCUGCGAGCGGCUGCCUCAGCUGGGGGACGAGACCCUGUGCAUGGACCAGAAUAGCAGCGAGAUCACCACGCUGGCCCCGCCGUUCCCCAAACCCACCCCUAAAGGCCGGACCAGGCUCCCGAGCCCCCCUCAGUGCGACAGGGAGUGCCGCUGCAGGGACCCGCUGGUCCCCAUCAAGAGGGAGUCCCACGCCCUGUACGGCCGGGUCCAGACCGGGCCCCUGCCCAACUGUGCCCAGCCCUGCCACCAGCACUACUUCUCAGCUGAUGAGCGGGCCUUCACCAGCUUCUGGGUGGGCCUCUGGUCGGUGCUGUGCUUCAUCUCCACCUUGACCACCGUGGCCACCUUCCUCAUUGACAUGGAGCGCUUCAAGUACCCAGAGAGGCCCAUCAUCUUCCUCGCUGCCUGCUACCUCUUCGUCUCCUUGGGUUACAUCAUCCGCCUGGUGGCAGGUCAUGAGCGGGUGGCCUGUGGGGCCGGCGGCGGUGGUGGUGACCAGCUGCACAUCCUCUACGACACCACGGGCCCAGCUCUCUGCACCCUGGUCUUCUUGUUGGUGUACUUCUUCGGCAUGGCCAGCUCCAUCUGGUGGGUGGUGUUGUCCUUCACCUGGUUCCUGGCUGCAGGGAUGAAGUGGGGCAGCGAGGCCAUCGCCGGAUACUCUCAGUAUUUCCACCUCGCCGCUUGGCUCAUCCCCAGCGUCAAGACCAUCGUGGUCCUGGCCCUCAGCUCUGUGGACGGGGACCCUGUGGCCGGGAUCUGCUACGUGGGGAACCAGAGUCUGGAGAACCUCCGGGGAUUCGUACUUGCUCCUCUGGUGGUUUACCUCUUCACUGGUUCCCUCUUUCUGCUCGCAGGCUUUGUUUCUCUCUUCCGCAUCAGAAGCAUCAUCAAGCAAGGCGGCACCAAGACGGACAAACUGGAGCGGCUGAUGAUCCGCAUCGGGCUCUUCACGGUGCUCUACACCGUCCCAGCCACCAUCGUGGUGGCCUGCCUGGUCUACGAGCAGCACUACCGGCCCGGCUGGGAGCGAGCCUUGGCCUGCUCCUGCCCGACUGAGCGCCAGCGCUCGGGUCUGGGUCCGGACUAUGCCAUCUUCAUGCUCAAGUACUUCAUGUGCUUGGUGGUGGGCAUCACCUCCGGGGUGUGGAUUUGGUCGGGCAAAACCCUCGAGUCCUGGAGGAGGUUUGUGGCUCGCUGCUGCCCCUGCUGGCUGCAGAAGGCCACUGCUCCACCCUCCAUGUACAGUGAGGCCAGUACUGCUUUAACUGGACACACUGGAACCGGGCUGACGUCAGGGAUCUAUCAUAAAGCUGCUCCGUCUCAUAUAUGAGCUGACUGGACUUAUUAUUAUUAUUAUUAUUAUUAUUAUGUUCACGUUCACACUGAAUAGUUUCCUCUGUGGACACUUGGACACAAACGAUCCAAACAGAACGAGACGUGGACAAACGCCUGCAGGAGUGACUCCGGAAAAAAAUUCAACAAAAUACAAAGUAUUUGAGAAAAAUGAUUCAAACAAGUUCACAGCUUUAAAGAGCUGGAAACCUUCUUUUUUUUUCCAGUCAGAGACACAUGGAGCCUCGAUAGAAUCUCCCGUUCUUCUUCCUGUUAGUUUAUCCCGAGCACUGAGAGAGAAAAACAUAUUUAUUUAUGUAAAUAUUGUAAAAAUUUGAUGUAAAAAAGAGAAGAUUAGUUGUAUAGUGUGAUGACUAGUUAGAAAACAACCAAUGUCACUGCCACAAGUCGAGAGUGAGACACCAGGGAAACAGAUCUCAUCUGAUUUGAAGUGUGUAUAAAUUUGUACAUAUCAGUGUUUGAGUUUGACGUCCAGUGUUUUUGUACGAUUGCAAACUGAAAACUGUCUCGAAGGUUUUUCUCGGACUUUAAAGUGAGAAUCAAAAACGGAUUCAGUCGUUUUAAUGGACGACUUUAGUUUCAAUUAGUUUUGUCAAUGACAUGUGAACGAACUGCCCUUGACCUUUAGCCCCACCUGCUGGUUGACGGGGGAACUGAAUCACACCAGAGACCCUCAAGUAUGAAAUAUAAAAAUAUUCGAGGCAACAAAAUCUACAAUUGGAUUAAUUUAGUUCGACAUAAUUUACUUUUUUAAAAAUUAAUUUCUGUUCUGACUCUUGUGCUGUGGAUUCACUGAUGCCCUCAGCGUCCCCCUCCAGGUCCCUGGACCUCAGCUUGAGAACCGUUGCUCUGUUUUUCUAAUGAUCUCAUGUCACCGACUCUGAACAGACGUAACAAUAGAUAACUUCACCACAGACGGGUUUGAUAAAUGACAAGUUACAAAACUUAUUUCUAUAUUAGUUUCAGUUAGAUUUUGCUUUAGUUUCAAACCAUUGUGCAAGAAUUCAUAUAUUUUUAGUUUGGAAAAAAAAUAGGAAAUUUGGAAACAUCAAUUUCAGAUUUGGAAAAAUGUGCAUUUUUUAUCAUUUUCCCAAAUAUUAUAGAUCAAAACAAUUGAAGCAAAUGAAUUAAUUAAUAAUGAAUAUACACAUUCUCUCUGUAACAUAUAAUAUAUGUCAUUAUAUUAUGUAAUACUGACUUUUGGAAAUCUAACUGCAAUGUUCUAAAAUAUGAGCUCACACUGAAUAUGUCAAUUAUUUCAAAUCAAAGCAUAAAGAAGAACUUAAGUUGAAAGAUAAUCAUCAGAGGUUUUUAGAGGACGGUUUGAAUUUAUCACAUCUGACUGUAUUCAAACUUAAUUUGUGAAAACUUUGAUGAGCCAACGAAUCUGUUCGCUGUCGUAUGAUGUGAAGGAGCCUCAGGUCUUCUCUCAGAGGUCAGAGGUCACGUUCGGUGUCAGGAGUCUACAAAUGAGCUGAAACUUAUCAACCAGAAACUUAAAGAAAGGUGACGCUGUCCCCCAGAGAUCAGUGUCAACAGUCACAUCACAAAACAGAAUUUAUGGAUAAAAUAAUCCUCCGUUUGUUUCCUGCCUCCUGCCGUGAUGUGUUGUGACGUCAGUGUCGUGUUCUCUCUAAACUUCUGUGUCCAAGUGUUAGAAAACAUGUCUGUAAUUUAUUAGUCUGAUUUGAGCGAAUGUGAUAGUGCGAGUGAUGAGCGUCGGUAAAAAACUGACAUCGUGGUUCGUCUGUACGUUGAAGUGUAAAUCUGUUUUUCACACCGAGAUAAACUCUUUAAAAAAGAUUUUAAAAAGUUGUAGAUUUUUGAUUCAUAUUGUGGAAUUAAAAGUGAGUUGAUCUGGAGUUGGUGUCUGUGACAAAAUAAACUGAGUUUUGUUUUUAACGAA